UGACUGCUGGCCAGGAUGCCCCUGGUGAUGUGAUCAAUGCUUCCGGUGCGUGUGUUACUUACCUUUUCAUCCCCCAAUGAGUGGCUCCGGCCACCAUCUCCCCUCCCCUUCGCAAGGGUGACAUGGCUUCAGAAUCGCUGUCGCAUCAAACGACUUCUGAAUCACCGACAGAGAAUUUACCGGGGACUGAUAACCCACUAGAUGCCCCCUCGUCCCCCAAGCCCCGGAACACCGACGGCGAACCCGAGGAUGAGGAGAUGGGUGGCACUGAGAAUGAGACCAAGAAAGAAAACGAUGGCGGCGAAGAUAUGGCAGAUGUUGCUGCGCAGUCGGGUGCUGAAGGCGCGUCUGAGGAGCAACCGGCGCAGGCUAAAUCCUCCAUCGAAGCUUCCGCGCGCUCACACCUCGUGUCGCAAACACACGCCAUUAUCCUCCCUAGUUAUUCCACUUGGUUCGAUAUGCACACCAUUCAUCCCAUUGAGAAGAAAGCUCUGGCGGAGUUUUUCAACAGCAGAAACCGCAGCAAGACGCCAGCCGUUUACAAGGAUUACCGAGAUUUCAUGAUCAACACCUACCGACUGAACCCAAUCGAGUACCUUACUGUCACAGCAUGCCGUCGUAAUCUGGCCGGAGACGUGUGUGCCAUCAUGCGAGUCCAUUCCUUCCUUGAGCAAUGGGGCUUGAUUAACUAUCAGGUGGACCCUCAAACACGCCCAUCCAACAUCGGCCCCCCUUUCACAGGCCAUUUCAGAGUCGUUGCAGAUACCCCACGUGGCCUUCAACCAUUCCAGCCUGGGCCAAAUCAUUUUGUUAAGCCUGGCAAGCCUUUGCCAGCGACGGAGCGCGCUGCUUCGGCCACUCCCGCACCCAAGGCUGAUUUGAAUCUCGAAAUCCGCCGUAAUGUCUACGACGACAAAGGAAAGGAGAUCACUCCAGCCGCUGAGGAUAAGGAGAAGCAAGCCAAUGGCGAAUCGACAGCCAAUGGUACCCCUGGUGACGCCGCUAAAGCUUUGGAAACCGCCUCCAAAGAACCACGAAAGAAGGUUAACUGUUUCUCCUGCGGCAUUGACUGCACGCGCCUCCGAUUUCAUUAUGCCAAGUCGACCCCAGCUACCACCAACACCAAUGCUCCAGACUCAAAAUACGACCUUUGUCCUAAUUGUUUCUUGCAGGGGAGAAUGCCUUCCACUCACAACGCUUCAGACUUUGUGAAACUUGAGGAAACCUCAUACACAGCUGUUCCGGAUCGGGACGCCCCUUGGUCUGACUCCGAACUUGUCCUCCUCCUUGAAGGACUUGAGAACUUUGACGACAACUGGGAGCAGAUUGCAAGUCACGUUGGCUCCAGAACAAAGGAAGAGUGUGUAAUGAAGUUCCUCCAGCUCGAAAUCGAAGAUCAAUACCUCGACGAGACGCCGGAGGUGCGGGCCGGACCUGGACGAGACCCCGUUAGCCACGUCGAGAAUCCAGUUUUGUCCGUGGUUGCGUUCCUGGCCCAGAUGGCAGAGCCAUCAGUUGCCGCUGCCGCUGCCGGACGGUCGGUAGAAGAGAUCCGCAAAGAACUCAAGAAGCAACUGGAGAAGGGACCCAGUGACAAGGCACAAGAGAAGGGCAAGGAGAAGGAAGGCACCGCAGUGAAGAGUGAAGAUUCUAUGGAUGUGGAUGCUGCUCGGGAGGAAACCUCUACAGAGGUUGCUGAGUCCUCUGAGAAACAGUCCAAACCCUCACUUGCCACAGUUGCGCUUGCAGCUUCUGCUGCACGUGCCGGCGCUCUUGCUUCCCAUGAGGAGCGUGAGAUGACUCGCUUAGUGUCGGCUGCUGUCAAUGUUACCCUUCAAAAGUUCGAAAUCAAGCUCCAACAAUUCAAUGAAAUGGAGGAGAUUAUCGAGGCUGAACGCCGUGAACUCGAACUUGCUCGCCAGCAACUUUUCCUGGAUCGACUGGCCUUCAAGACGCGAGUUAAGGAAGUCCAGGAUAACCUUCAGUCCCUCAGUUUGAAAGGUCCCAACGGAGACAAUGGCGACCUGAUUGCCGAUGCUGCGACUACAGGCAUCAACAACCGCUACAACUUUCACCCGGCCGUUGCAGGAGGUGCUCCACAGCCUCUGAGCACCACCGGGGGCGCUGAUUUCAAGACUUUGGACCUGUAGUUCCUGCCCACGGCGCGGACGAGUCUAAGGCGUUCGUCAUCGCGAAUGUGCACGAAAUUGGAAAUAUGUGUUUUAACGACAAGUUGGGCCAAAUGAAGUAAUACACUUCUGGGGUUUCUUACGACCAUGAGCAUUUAUCUCGUUGAUAUCCAUGCGUUGUCCUGUACAAUAUCUUCUGGCGAGGAGAAGACUCGAGCAAUUGGUAAGUAUUGAAUUGGUAAACGGCGAGACAAGGAAGAAUGAAACGGGUCGGUGGAUUUCAGCGGGAGAACGACACGCGGAGCACUGCUAGCUUUUAUUUUCUUUCUUAUCCUCUUCUGGGUAAAUGGCGGGGGGUGGGCGAGGGGAGAUUUUUCUUCUUACAACUAUUAUU